CUGACGGCAUAACAUAAUACUUCCACGAACUCUUUUCCGGCCGAGUAACGUGCUAGCGAAGAAUGGGCGAAAAACAACAACGUGCUAGCGAAGGAUCGAGGAGAGGGAUCACACACAACUACGCGUAGGCUCUCCACUUUUCUACCAGCGCUGUGAUUGGUUUAGCAAAUAAACGGUCAAAAGUCAAUUUAAUUUCAUUGACUUGGGUGAAGCUAGCUAGCAGAAGCGUUCUCCAGUCUCGAGCUCUUUUAACUCGACCUUUUGUUAUUAUGGCUCCAGCAGUGAAAAUGACGGUUUCAGUCCCUUUGUCCUCAACAGCUACAGUACUAUUCUGCAUUCUCCGGAGAUAAAACAAGCAUGCCCACCUUUUCUUUCUACUCCGCACUACCCGUAAAGCUUUUCUCGAGAGCGUAUCGUGUGACGGCGAAGGCUUCUUACAAUGGCAUCACCUCUGUCGUCUCCAACUUCUUCGUGCUCUUCCCCAUUCUCCGCUGAAUUCUCCUCUCUUCCCAUAAUGUCCCUCAGAACAAAGAUUGUCGAAAAGAUUCUAGAAAAUCGCGUCACCCUCAUUGUUGGGGAGACUGGCUGCGGAAAAAGUUCACAGGUUCCGCAGUUUCUUUUGGAAGAAAACAUGGCACCCAUCCUAUGUACACAGCCUAGGAGAUUCGCUGUUGUCACUGUUGCUAAAAUGGUUGCAAAAGCUCGUAAUUGUGACUUGGGAGGAGAAGUUGGAUAUCACAUCGGACAUUCAAGGCACUUCUCAGAAAGGUCAAAGAUUGUAUUUAAAACUGCCGGAGUGUUGCUGGAUGAAUUGCGAGAGAAGGGCUUGACUGCGCUAAAGUACAAGGUUAUUAUUCUUGAUGAAGUUCAUGAGAGGUCUGUGGAGUCUGAUCUUGUUCUUGUCUGUGUGAAGCAGUUUUUGUUAAAGAACAAAGAUCUGAGGGUUGUUUUGAUGUCUGCAACUGCGGAUAUUUCAAGAUACAGGGAGUACUUUAGGGACCUUGGUAGAGGUGACCGAGUUGAAGUUCUUGCAAUCCCCAGCUCCAAUCAGAAAACUAUUUUCCAGUGCAGUGUUGCAUACCUUGAGCAGGUAGCUAACUCUCUUGGGAUAAGUUCUGAAUUGGUGCAGUCCAUAUAUCCUGGUCCAGAUGCUUCCACGGCAAAAGCUUACAUUAAGUCUGAAUUGCACAAACUCAUUCAUGAUUUGGUGUUGCAUAUCCAUGAGAAUGAACCAGAUAUUGAGAAAAGCAUUCUGGUAUUCCUUCCAACCUACUAUUCACUGGAGCAGCAAUGGCGCCUAAUGAAGCCUCUUGAGUCAACUUUCAAAGUCCAUAUCUUACAUAGUAGCAUCGACACUGAACAAGCUCUAAUGGCCAUGAAGAUUUCAAAAUCUCAUCGUAAGGUAAUUUUGGCCACCAAUAUUGCUGAAUCAUCUGUGACAAUACCUAAAGUGGCUUUUGUUAUUGAUUCAUGCCGAUCCUUACAAGUCUAUUGGAAUAAGUGCCUUAAAAAGGAAGCUACAGAACUUGUUUGGGUUUCAAAGUCUCAGGCUGAGCAGCGUAAGGGGAGAACUGGUCGAACUUGUGAUGGUAAAGUUUAUAGGUUGGUUACUAGGUCAUUUUUCAAUGGGCUUGAGGAUCAUGAACACCCUGCUAUUCUAAAAUUAUCCUUGAGGCUUCAAGUCCUGUUGAUCUGCUGUGCUGAAUCUAAAGCUAUAAAUGAUCCCAAGACAUUGUUGCGAAAAGCUUUGGAUACCCCUGAUACUCAAGUUGUUGAAGAUGCACUGGAUUUGCUUGUUCAGAUGCAUGCACUGAGAAAGACACCUCCUAGGGGCCGUUACAAGCCUACAUUCUAUGGACGGUUACUUGCUAGUUUUUCGUUGUCUUUUGAUUCUUCUGUUCUAGUGCUUAAGUUUGGAGAAAUAGGCAUGUUGCGUGAAGGCAUCUUACUGGGUAUAAUGAUGGACACGAGCCCUCUACCCAUUCUUCAUCCAUUUGGAGAGGAAGCUUUGUUUGCAAAGUACAUUGAAUGCUUCUAUGGUGAAAAGACUAUCUUAAAUGCUCGAAAGGAGAGGGAAUUCAUGGGUAACUACUGUGCUUUUCAGUUUUGGCAGCAUGUUUUCAAGGAUGCAUGUAAUGCCAAGCAUUUGAUGCAAGUUCUGAAGACUGAUGAGGUAAACCCGGCCACACUCCUGAAUGAACUAAUGCCUGAGCUUGAACAAGAAUGGUGUUCUUUCCAUUAUCUUUUGCGGUCAUCACUACAUCAGGUGUCGGAAAUUUAUGAGGGUAUACUAAAUUCAGUCCAUCGGUUUCGGCCUGAAUUUUUGAGCACAUCUAAUGCCCUGCCAUGUUCUACGGAUUAUUAUCAAUUCAAACACACAUGCCAUCUUGAAUAUCAGCCAAAUGAGCAUGCAGAUGUAAUUGCUGCAAAUGAAGGCCUUGCACCAUCACACAAAUCAAAGGAAUGCAUGGCAAUACCGUUUGUUGAUCCAAGCAACUUUUACAUGAUUGAUGUGGCAAAGAAGUUUGCUACUAUUAUCAAAGAGAUCAGGGCUCAAUAUGCAGAGGAUGCUUCUGGCCAUCAACAGGAAAAUGUGGAUGUUGAUGAUUAUAGUGUUAACGCGCAGGCUCCUCUUUGUGUAUUUUUCAUUAAUGGGUCAUGUAGCAGAGGCAGUAGUUGUUUAUUUUCUCACUCGUUACAAGCUAAGAGGUCCCAGUGCAAAUUCUUCUUUUCCUUGCAGGGGUGUAGAAAUGGAGAAUCUUGUAACUUUUCACAUGAUGUGGGUGAUUCAGCGCUAUCAUUUACGCCAUACUACUGCCUGCCAGAAGAUAAUGGCGUGAAUGCUGCAUCCCUUCUUGACUUGUUUCCGGCAUCUUCGAACAGAUCCAUUCUUAUACUGAAUGACACUGAUUUACAUUUCACCUCUCAUCUUGUUAGCUGCUAUGAUCCAUCCAAAAUAAUUUCUUCAUCAUGCUUGUCAGAAAUAACCAUAUGCGAACCAUCAUUGUCAGGAGUCAGAAUUUUAUGGGGUCUAUGUCACCCAUAUGAGACAAUUAUUGCCAAAGAAGGCCAGAACCCUAUACCCUGGAAGGAAGUUGAAUGCGUGCUAUGGUUUCCUAGUUUUGAUAGUUUCGGUGAAGAUUUGGAUGGACAGAAACAUCUCUUACAAAACUUCUUUGAGUAUCUGGCCGUUCGAAUUUUGGCUGAUGAACUGCACGAGGUUCAGGUUAUCAUAACCAUGAACAACCUCAGAUUUUCCCGACUUCAGGUAGAAAAGUUGGGAAGAGACUGUUUUUUCUUCCUUAAAGAAUCAUUUGCUUUUGACGAAAUCAGCUUUGGGGCAGUACAUGACACCGUUACCACUAGGAAGCCAAUGCUGGUAUCAAGGCCCAUAUCAUAUGUUUUUGUUCUACGCCGUCCUACAGAUCGUCGCUUUGGUGAUUACAUAGCUACUCUUAAGAAGCAUCUGAAGGAAAUUCAGAAAAACUAGGCAUGGGCUAAAGCAUUUGCGAGGGUGAGCCUAUCUGGAGGCCUGGUAAGUUCAUUUGUGGAUGUGGCUUUGUAAAUUCAUUUUGAAGAUCUUUGUGAGUUGUGACCAAGGAUAUAACUUCAAUCAAUAUCCUCACGUAGUUUUGCUAUCUAACAGUCUCACAUUACUUUGAUUUAUUACACACAAACAUGCGCGUGUGCACCCACCUAUGCAUAGUACAGAAGACUUUCUAUAUAUGUGAUUCAUAGUUUUAUCA